UGAUUGCUGCUGUUCUAAAUGUUGUGCAGGGCUUUUACCACGGGGACCCCACCAGCACCACGGUAUCACCACUCUGCUGUGGUCUAUGGGAGCAGCAUGUUUGUGUUUGGUGGCUAUACUGGAGACAUUUAUUCCAAUUCCAACCUGAAGAAUAAAAAUGAUCUCUUUGAAUAUAAGUUUGCAACUGGACAGUGGACAGAGUGGAAGACUGAAGGAAGAUUGCCAGUUGCGAGGUCAGCUCAUGGUGCAACAGUGUAUAGUGACAAGCUGUGGAUCUUUGCGGGAUACGAUGGCAAUGCACGGUUAAAUGAUAUGUGGACAGUUGGCCUACAGGAUAGAGAGCUAACAUGCUGGGAAGAGAUUGAACAAAGUGGUGAAAUUCCGCCUUCGUGUUGUAAUUUUCCUGUGGCUGUUUGCAAAGACAAGAUGUUUGUUUUCUCUGGCCAGAGUGGAGCAAAGAUUACCAACAAUCUCUUCCAGUUUGAAUUCAAAGAAAAGAUUUGGACACGGAUUCCUACUGAGCACUUGCUUCGAGGCUCCCCUCCUCCUCCACAGCGAAGAUACGGCCACACCAUGGUGGCGUUUGAUCGGCAUCUCUACGUGUUUGGUGGUGCUGCAGAUAACACGCUGCCUAAUGAGCUUCACUGCUACGAUGUGGACUCUCAGACCUGGGAAGUUAUCCAGCCCAGCCCAGACAGUGAGUUACCCAGUGGGAGACUCUUCCAUGCUGCUGCUGUUAUCUCAGAUGCUAUGUACAUCUUUGGUGGCACGGUGGACAAUAAUAUUAGAAGUGGAGAAAUGUACAGGUUCCAGUUUUCUUGCUACCCUAAAUGCACUCUACAUGAAGACUAUGGAAGGCUGUGGGAAAACAGACAGUUCAGUGACUUGGAGUUUGUUUUGGGAGAGAAGGAGGAACGAGUCCAAGGGCAUACUGCAAUUGUUACAGCUCGCUGCAAGUGGCUGAAAAAGAAAAUCAUACAGGCAAGGGAGAGGUUAAAACAAAAAUCAAAGCAAGAUAUUGAAGAUGAGGGACAUGCGACAUGUCAGAAGGAUGGGAUUGGUGGGAAUGUCAAGUUGUGCCGCCUGCAGCCGCUGCUGGAAGUGCCCAUCCGAGAGGCUGAGGCACAACCCUUCGAGGUGCUCAUGCAGUUUCUGUAUACAGAUAAAAUAAAAUACCCUCGCAAAGGUCAUGUGCAGGAUGUGUUACUUAUUAUGGAUGUAUACAAACUAGCCUUAAACUUCAAGCUCUCUCGACUGGAACAGCUCUGUCUUCAAUAUAUUGAAGCAUCCGUAGAUCUGCAGAAUGUGCUCAUUGUGUGUGAAAAUGCUAACAAGCUUCAGCUGGAUCAGCUAAAGGAACAUUGCCUGAACUUUGUGGUGAAGGAAUCACAUUUUAAUCAAGUAAUAAUGAUGAAGGAGUUUGAGCAUCUUUCUUCAUCCCUCAUAGUGGAGAUUGUACGGAGGAAACAGCAACCUCCUGUUCGAACACAUUCUGAUCAGCCACUUGACAUCGGAACAUCUUUAAUUCAGGACAUGAAGGCUUACCUAGAAGGAGCCGGGACUGAAUUCUGUGAUAUCAUCCUUCUCUUGGAUGGGCACCCCCGGCCAGCCCAUAAAGCAAUCCUAGCAGCCCGCUCCAGUUACUUUGAAGCCAUGUUUCGUUCCUUCAUGCCAGAAGAUGGGCAAGUGAAUAUUUCUAUAGGUGAAAUGGUUCCCAGUAAGCAAGCAUUUGAAUCUAUGCUUAGGUACAUUUAUUAUGGAGAAGUAAACAUGCCUCCUGAAGACUCCCUCUACCUCUUUGCUGCACCUUACUAUUACGGCUUCUCCAACAACAGACUACAAGCCUACUGUAAGCAGAAUCUAGAAAUGAAUGUCACGGUGGAGAAUGUACUCCAGAUUUUAGAGGCAGCUGACAAGACCCAGGCCCUAGACAUGAAGAGGCACUGCCUGCACAUCAUCGUCCACCAGUUCACCAAGGUUGGUUGCAUCUUUUCUGGGGCUUUUGAGAGCUGCUGUCCUCUGUUGCUGCCUUAGUUAAAGACACAUUAAUAUAGGAAUCCAUUCCUUCUCAUGCGAGACAGCUGAGAGCUGGCUGUGUGUUACUGACAGUCACCUACAAGUCUGCUGGGUAUACUUUUCACACCAAAAAUAAAUGAAAGACUAGAACAGCCUAGUCUGGAAAUGUAAAGACCUUUCAAAACAGAAGUUACUCAGAAUUACUUCCAUUUCCACCUGUUAAUUUUGUGCCAUGCUGUCACUGGGUUCUCAGGUGUAUAGCAAGAUAAGUUUGCUGCAUAUUGAGAGCACAAAUCCCUCUUCCACUAGCAGUUGUAACUGUGCUGUUCAUAUUUCUCUCGAAGUACUCUCUGUCGUAGAUGUUACAUUGUCACGUGCUCAAAAAGCAAAUUACCACAUCCUGGCUGGGCUUUCUGUUGUUUCCAUGUUUUGAUUCGUGGGAUGAUUGAUGCCUUAGUGAUAGGAAAGAUCAAGAGCCAGAUGUGCUGAUACUCCUGUCCUCACUCGAGAGAAUAAAGGUAUUGUCAUUUGGUUGUUCCUAGGAGAUACAAUCCCAGUUUCCCAGCAUGUCACCAGUUCAUUGCACAACUUAUUAGCAUUGUUGUAGUCGGUAGAUCAAUCAUAGGAGUUGGGAUUUCUGGAUGACACACACUUCUUGAUAAUAGUUCCCUCAUUAGUAUUCACUUAGCUUGCUCUCAUUUUUUGUAUUUAAGCUCACAAUCCUCCUGCUGCUGCCCAUGGGGAAGGAGAGCACUGCUAAGUCCAGUUUGUAUCUAGAGAUGAGACAGAGGGAGGUAUUCAGGCUCUUUAUUAGAUGCCUGAGUUGCCCAAGUGUAAUGCAUUUUACAUGCAGAAAUAACUGAAAAUGCAUAAAAAGCUUUGAGAGUGGAGCCAGCAUCCAAUGGAGAGUCCCCAGUGUGAGGUUACAGCCUCUGCCUUCAUCUUACAUGUUUUCCUCUGGCCUUGUGAAUCCUGCGGAGUGGCCCAGUUUCAGCAGGGGAUGGAGGAUGGUCCCACUGUGGGUUACAGGGUGGCCUGGUGCUUGGGACAUCUGGGGUUUGGGGUCCAUGCAUCACAGUCCCUGAGAGCUGAAACUGUGGUCUCAGCUUCCCAGUGGAGGCCACAGGAAGACAAAGAUUCUCACCAGAACGUACCGGGGGGGGGAAAUGAAUGUUGCGACACUUCAGAAAAGAGGCUUGAACCUAGGGGCGUUCCUGUCGUACUCCAACAACCCAAAUAUGUGGAAAUGUUUUAUAUUUAAACUGUUGACUGUUAGAACAGUUUUUAUCAAAAUGUGGCUGGAAGACUG